AAGCCCACGUGAUGGGGGCGAGUCACGCGAUUUCCGGGAACCCGUCAGGAAGGGACAUAAACAAAACAAACCCCAGAGCGGCAUGGAGGGGCCGGGCCGGGGCUGCAGCCUCAGCGAGAGAGGGCCUCCAAACUGAGGGCGCCCGCCCGUCGACCCCCCGCUGGGCAGGGGCCUCAGAAAGUCUCCAAAGCAAGAAGAGUUCUAUGUAGUUAAAGUGAAGCUUUUUCUAGAAAAAAAACUGACACGCCAUUGCAUGAGUUAUAUGCUCCCUGUACACUCUGAAGAAAAGCUGGAACAGAAUUUGCAAGGAAACAGAACAAAGCAUUUGGACUUGGACUUGGUGGAUCUGGGCCUGGAAAUGCCUCAACCUAGUGUGAGUGGAAUGGACCCUCCUUUUGGAGAUGCCUUUCGAAGCCACAUGUUUUCAGAACAGACUCUGAUGAGCACAGAUCUCUUGGCCAACAGUUCUGACCCAGAUUUCAUGUAUGAAUUGGACAGAGGAAUGGAUUACCAGCCAAGUUCCAGGGACAACCUCUUUUCUGUGGAAGACUGCAAAGAUCUUGAAAACUUGGAGUCUUUCACAGAUAUCUUGGACACUGAACCAUCUUUCCCUGCAAACUGGGAACAGUGGGACACUUACUCUGAGGAUUUGACAAAGUAUACCAAGUUAACUAGCUGUGGCAUUUGGGGAACAAAAGAGGUGGACUAUUUGGGCCUUGAUGAUUUUUCAAGCCCAUAUCAGGAUGAAGAAGUGAUAAGUAAAACUCCAACCCUGGCACAGCUCAACAGUGAGGACUCACAGCCGGUCUCAGAUCCACUCUGCUACCCGGAAUUGCUGUUCAGCGUAAAACAAACUCAGUUGACUUCUUUGCCAAUGAAGAAAAUCGCAACCAGAGCAGCAGCUCCAGUUUGUUCAGCAAAGACUACACAAGCUGAGACACCUUUAUCAGAAUUUCCCCAAAAAGCAAGCAAACCCAACCCAAGCACACAAAUCAUGGUGAAGACCAAUGUGUACAGUAAUGAGAAGGUGAACAUUCAUGUUGAAUGUAAAGACUAUGUGAAAAAGGCAAAAGUAAAAAUAAACCCAGUACACCAGAUCAGGUCUUCCAUGAGCCAGGCCAAUUCUGAUGCUGCAAAAGAAAACACUUGCUACUGUGGAGCUGUAGCAAAGAAGCAAGAGCGGAAAGUGAACGACUCCCUUCAGACUCCCACUACUCCUGUGUUGCCUUUUAAAGAGACUCAAGCUUUACUUCUCACUCCACCUCAAGAAACUCCAGAACAUGUUGCAGAGGACAGCAUCCUCUCUGCCAGUACAUCUGUUUCAGAUCCUUCACAGAAGAAAGAAGAACACAACUAUUCCCUCUUUGUCAAUGAUGGUUUGGGUGAACAAGCUUGCAAAGCUGAGGCUGAAGAAGAGGAAGAGGAAGAGGAAGAAGAGGAUGUAGAUGAUGAAGACCACGAUGAAGGCUUUGGAAGCGAGCAUGAACUGUCUGAAAAUGAUGAAGAGGAGGAUGAUUAUGAAGAUGAUAAAGAUGAUGACAUCAGUGAUACUUUCUCAGAACCAGGUUAUGAAAAUGAUUCUGUAGAGGACUUGAAAGAAAUGACUGCAAUAUCUUGUCGAAAAAGAGGCAAGCGGAGAUACUUCUGGGAAUACAGUGAGCAGCUGACGCCAUCACAACAAGAGAAAAUGCUGAGGCCGUCAGAAUGGAAUCGAGAUACAUUGCCAAGUAAUAUGUAUCAGAAGAAUGGGCUACAUCAUGGCAAGUAUGCUGUAAAGAAGUCACGGAGGACUGAUGUGGAAGAUCUGACACCUAAUCCUAAAAAACUACUACAGAUUGGGAAUGAACUGAGGAAGUUAAAUAAAGUCAUCAGUGACUUGACCCCAGUCAGCGAACUUCCAUUAACAGCUAGACCACGGUCAAGGAAAGAAAAAAACAAGUUAGCUUCCAGGGCUUGCCGGCUAAAGAAGAAAGCACAAUAUGAAGCUAACAAAGUAAAACUAUGGGGUCUCAAUACUGAAUAUGAUAACUUAUUGUUUGUGAUAAACUCUAUCAAGCAAGAAAUUGUGAAUAGAGUUCAGAGUCCUAAAGAUGACAGAGUAUCCAAUAUGGGUCAGAAGCUUGAUGUCCUUAUUAAAGACACUCUUGGUCCACCAGUGUCUGGAAAAACGUCAGAAUUUGUGAAUCAGGUCUUAGAAAAAACCGCAGAAGGAGAUCCUACAGGAGGUCUUGUAGGACUACGAAUACCAACAUCAAAAGUUUAGUAGACAUCACUUUAUCCAUUCACUUUGGACAGCACUCUGCCUGUGUUAUGUACUACAUUGUAAAAUUAAUUCAGGUCUGCAUGCAAAUUUAGCAUUCUGUAAACAUUUUUAAGUUCCAUCAUUUUCCUUCUUUUAAUAACAAUGUAGUAAAAUAGAUGAAGGCAUGAUGUAAAAUGCUUAAUGCGUUUUGGAGCAUAAACCUUGUAGUUUUAAGCCUGCUUCUGGCAUAAAUGUGUGAUGGCUACAUAUUCAUUUCAAACUUAAGUUUAUCUAGGACCAGACUGUAUAACUUACGUACAAGCAAAACAUAUUUUUGCAAACAAAAAUCUCACAAAAUGCCAAACAUUAAGGCAGGUUUAUGCUCCAAAUAAAUUAAAAGUGUAAACUCAUGUUGUUUUUCCAAGAAUUAUUGCUCUUUUGUUCUAAAUUAAAACAGUAAGUUUACUUUGCAACCAUAAUUUGUACAUAGCACACCUGGCAUAAAGCUAGUGUGCCAUAUUAAAAAAAAACAUAAUUUUCUGAGCUUGAUACGGUAUUUAAAUGUCUGUGCAAGUAAGAAAAAAAUGUAUACUCUUUGUGCCUUGUAAUGGGGGGGAGGGGGGGACAAGUAUAACCGUAAAAUGGGAAAUAUUUUGUAUGAUGAGAAACCCUUAUUGGGAUAGAAGAUGUACAGAUGGUCUCAAGGAUUUUAAUGUAUUUGUUCCAGCUGUUACAAAUGUUUGAAUGUAUAUAGGAAUAUGUUGAAAAUGUAGAUAUGCCACAGAGUCUAUGUAUUGUAUAAAAAGAUGGCUCUAGAAAACUCAUUUUCGGUACUUGGCCGGAAGAAAACAAAUACUUGCACAUUAAUGCGAUUGUUUAUUUUUGUACCAAAGACAAAUGCAACUGAUAUGGCAAACUGCCAGUUUAAGUAAAGUUUUGCACAGCUUACAUGAUACUGUACUGAAUGUAUAAAAAGAAAAAAAAACUUAAAGGUCAGGGUUAGGGAUCUUACUGAACUGUGAAUUUUUCUUUCUCUUUGGGUCCAAUUAUCUACAGAAGGAGCAUUCAUACAUAAAUAUUAUUUUGCUGUUCCUCUAGUUGGCUUCAUAGUAGAUAAGAUGGGCAUCUAGAAGUCUGUAAAUCUUUGUUUUCUGCACUUACAGUAGAAAUUUUAAUAUAUUUGGAUUUUAGUAAGCUACUGGUAAAACAGAGUUUAACUUUGGGAAUUAAAAUUUAGCUUGUACUAUACUUCCACCAAACAACCAAAAUAAAAUAUUUUUAUUAUAAUGUGUAUAUAUGUAAAGAACGAAAAGCUGCAAAUACCUAAUUCCUUAGUUGCCACUUUCCCAGUUGUUGUAUUAUUGUGCAUGUGAUGUUUCCAAGGAUCAACACAGGCUUAAAAAGAAUUUAUAGAUUUUAUAUUUUUGUACAGAUAUUUCAACUAGCUUCUUCAAACUUCUAUGUGACUUAUUGUUAACUUGUAGUUUCUAUGAUUGGGUGAAUACAAAUGUGUGUGAAGUUUGACUCAUGAGAGUCUGCUUUUAGUCAGUGUUAAAGUACCAAUGAAAAGCUUUAUCUCUCAAUGAGAAAGUUGUUUAUGUCAAGACAGGAUCAUUAUCUGGUUUCAUGAAUGCCUUUCUUCCCCUUUUGCUUGACACAUAGAUGACUCUAUGACACUGUUUACUAAGCAUACCAAAUAAUUUAGAUGUAGCUUGUGAAGGUUUUCCCUCAAUUCUUUAAAGACAUGUAGUGUGAUUCCUUACACCUAAAUGGAAAUGUGGAAUCUGUGCCAUUGCUGUGGAGCAUUAGCAAUGUUUCAGGGAAGGCCAAUAUACCACUACAGAGUUCUAUCACCCACACCUUUCCCCCCUCUCUUUCAUACUGCUGCUUACUUUUAUCUUUUUAAACAAAAUAUCACAGAUGUUUGCAAAAUGUCAGCCGAAGCUUGCCUGUCAGUGUGGCAUAAAGAUCUUUGAGGAAUGUAAUAAUGUGUCUGCAAGCCUGAAAUAAUGUUGGCGUAUCAAGAGCUGUAAUCUGGCUUCAAGUUGUAGAAUUAUGCCUUCUGACUAUUUCACAUACACCUCCUAAGUUUGGCAUAGUGUUGCAUUUCACUGUAAAAGGUAUCUAAAUACUGUUCAUAGCUGUGAUCCUGACACUAGGUCAGAACAGCAUGGAAAGGAUGCUCCCUAAAACUUGAUACCGCUAUUUGGCGAUCUGAACAUGUGUGUCAAGCUAAACUGACAGUCAAAUAUUAUGUCCCUUUUAUGGUAGUUCAAGCUCCUCCAAGCUAAAAUUGCUUUUGCAGCUUUUUUGUGUCUGUGCAUGUCUGAAAACCAGAAUAUGAUUUUGAUCUAGCAUUGAUAAACAGACCUUGAAUCUUUAGUGGAUUCCAUACCUUUGCAUUUCAGUGUUUUCUAUGUAUUAAGUUAUAGUCAAAAAGCUUUUAAAUAGUUGAGCUUUUUAAUGGUGACACUUUAUUUUGUAUCUAUUUAUAUAUGUGUGUAUAUCUUAGAAAAGCACUUUGUUUAAAAAAGAAAAAAAUAUAUUGCAUUUUAUAUGAUUCCUGCCAUUUGCUGCUAACUCUGGGCUGGUCAGAAUGCUGCAGUGAUACUUGAUCUAAAUAAAACCUGGCAGUAAAAUGUAGAGUAAAAAUAAGACCUUUGCUGGUUUAACCUUAUUGUAAAGAUGACAUAGGCAAGCUGUGCAGCUUUACAUUUUAACCAGGGGACUCUGUGGCAUUUAAAACAGUCUAGAAAUGGUUGUACUUUUAAUGCCAGUAACAAUCUGCUUCCUCUAGUGUCAUUGAAUAUACGUUUAGUGUAUAAUUAUCACAAAGAUAUUUUUUUUUAAAAAAAACCCAAAUGUUCAUGUUUUGUUUGGAAAAUUGUGGCAUGCAUUUUUGGAUGAUUAUCUUUAGAGGAAUUCUCUAAAGGUUUUCAGUGUUCAUACAUGGUAUGUGGAUCUUAUUGAAGUCUUUGGUCACUUUUUGAGUGUAGGCAUUGUGAAUAUCCUAAUGUCAUCCAAAAGCAUUAUACACUUUAUUUUUUAAAAAAAGUACUAAACUCUUUCAUACACUGGAUUCUUUAGAGUUUGUUUCCAUAUUAUAGCAUGCUCUUGCUAAAAAAAAGUUGAUCUGAAACUGAGUGCCACACUUCUAUUUUUGAACAGAUAUGAUGAACUAUUUACUCUGUACCAUGUAUAGUUCUUGUCCUUUGCCCAUUUUCUCCAUUGACAGAUUAUGAUGUGGCUUUAUAUUGUGCCUUACUUGUAUAUUAGAACCAAGUUUAUUUUUCAUUCCCCAGGACUCCUUAAGCCCUUGAACCCUUUUGGAAGCAAAGUACAAUAAAGCAUCAUGAAGGAACUUCAAAUAGAUCUGAUUUAAAGUUGUAUUGAUAGUUUGUACUGGCAUAGGGUGACCAAUUUUUCAGUGGUCUUGGAAAACAGGAUUUUUUAUAGUAAUUCCACUACAUUUUACAAAAGCUUUUCUGCCUUUUCUUGAAUUUAUCAAGCACAUCUUAAUAUUUAACUUUCUGGGGCUCAUUAGUACUAGUCUUCUGGCUAGUUCAGGACUGGCUCUUUCCACGCUUGUCCAGCAUCAAUGCAAACAGUGACACUCUUGUAGGAAUUAGGUAUAACAAGUUCAUUGGUUUGGUCAGUAAUUUGUUUUUAACUUAAACUGAAGUGUAGUGGGAAAGAGCAAAAACUAUUUCUAUAACUGAUUAACGGUCUCUUGAAUAAUCUUAAAGCAACAGACAUUUCUCAAAUACCGUACUGUCAGUGUGGGUUUCACUUAAGUCUGUACCAUUUUUCUGAUGUUUGCCUUUAUUAAUAAAUCUGCUUGUUUAUUCACAAAUGUCAAUAACUGAUAUAUUGUUUCUCUUAUGUAAGUCUUUUAAAUAUAGCUAGUUUUAAAAUGGUAAUAGCUUCCUAUCUGUUUUUGAUGGGUUUUCUUACAAGUUGCCUUCAGCAGAAUAGCAUAGCCAGUCUGUUCCUUGACUUAUUUUAGCAGUCUUCCUGGAAUUCUAGGUUGAGGCACAGUCAAAGUACAUAAUAACAGAAGUUCAGGCCGUCAGACCUGAAUUUUACUCAUGUCUAAUCAAAAAAAUUUUUUUUAAAAAAAAUAAGCUUCUAGUUAUGGAAUCAUCUAAUUUAAUCUGCUACCAGUGGAAGCCUACAUUUUGGUGUAGCUGAAUCUUUCACAUAUAUGUGCAGGGUGUGUUUGUUUGUUUGCUUCUAUUUUGUUUUACCUGAGGGAUUGUGCAAAACACAUUUCAAUCAAGAACUAAUCUAAAAGCUGAUUCCUUUAAAAAUUCAUUUCAGGGCAUUACCACAUUGAGAGAACAAUACUUAGGGAUAUUUCCAGUGUAAAUUGAAUGAUUUGUCUACAUUGCAGAAAUGGCACUUUAGCAUACACUUCCUUCACAGAAUUCUAAACUUCAUUGGAUCUCAUCAAUAAUAGUGUUCUCAUUAUCUCCAUUUCCCCCAAUUGGGUUUAGUGUAGUAAAUGGGUGCUCAUACAGCCUUUAGGUUUUCAAAAACUUUCACAAGGGCAUUCUGAUUUCUCCUCCAAUCCUAAACACACUUUUUAAAAAGCAAGCCAAUUUUAUCUAGUUGGGUCUUACUUCCAUGUUAAAUAUAUCCAUGAUUGUAGCCUCAGUACCUUUAGAAAAGCAGUAAGUUAAAGCUCGACCUCAGUAAUCAUUGUCUUCAAGAGCUAACCAGAUACUUCUGGUAAUAAGUCGGUAAUGGAUAUUCCCUGUUUAUUGCAGUGUUUUAAUAUCCUUCUGAACACAGAGGCUUUUGCUAACUGCUCCAGUUAAUAGCCAUUGCUGUCAGCACUUAUAUACAUCUCCUAGAUUCAAUGGACCUAUUCUAAUUAGAAGUAGCCAUUGGAUUUAGACUUUUAGGCAUGCAUUUUAAACAUAUUUCUUUUAAGCACAGCAUAUGUGCAAUAACUUAAAUAAAUCAGGUUUGACUAUAUAUUAUUUAAAGAGUUAAAUUCAUAGACAAAGCUAUGUUAGUUUGAAAUAUCUGUAUGCAAAGGGAUUUUGCAGCACUUUACAGGCUGAGAAUGAUGUUGGUGGCGUGAACGUGUACAGAAAAGCUUGCAUCAGAGGAAGUAGCUUAGUAUGUGGAAACUUACGUUAACAAUUUCAUUCUCUCAAUUAUUCUGUAGGGUGCUUCAAAAUUAUUUUGCAUAAUAAAGAAGUCUUGCUUUAACAAGUUAGUAUCAAUGGUUCUACAGUAAGCAUGCAAGUCUGGAUCCCACUCACAUAAGCAUGAGUGUUAGCCACUCAAAUAAAAAUUAAGUAAAGUAGGUCCUUUUAUCCACAGAGGAUAUGUUUCAAGACCCCAUGGAUAACUGGAUAACCCUAUAUGUUGACUAUACAUGGGCUGGUAGCGUACCAUGGAAUCAUGCGUGAGUAUCCAAGAGGCCCACAAACAUUUCAGGGAAUGAGAGUAAUAUUUCUGGAGUGUGGAUAAGUGAAACCGUGACUAUUAAAUCCAUGGAUAAGAGGGUUGUAAGGUAAUCAAGCUAGUUUGAACUUAAAAUGAAAGCAGCUUAAUUCCCUCUGUGAAAUGAAGAAUAAGUAAUGUCUAGUCAUUGUUACUGGAAUCUAUUCCACACAUUUGAAUUUUCAACAUCUUGCCCUGCCUUAAAUAGACUGAAAAUGCAUUUUGAUAUAUUUGUGUUUUCAAAGUGAACUAUGGCUACAAUCCUAAGUAUACUUAUCUGGAAGUGGUACCCACUAAAUGUGAUAUGCUUUAAAAUGAGGGGUUUAGGAUUGGGAUGUAAGGCUGAUAGCACUUACAAAACACAGCAACAUUUUAAAAGGCAAAGAAAAACAAUAUUAACAGCUAUGGUGAAGCUUAUAUGCUUGGGAUCAUGUUUGUAAUGCUGUUAACAUUCUGUAGUCCAUUUCCAACUGGAGCUCAGAGAAAUGUACUGAAGAUCUUGUCUUGUUUAGAAAAAAAUCUUGUUUAAAAGCAUGAUCUGUUUGCAACUUUUAUAAUGUUGAAUGUUGUGUAAAUUUCCCUUUUUUAAAAAAGGCACAAUUCAAAUAAUUGUUUACUCUGUCACCGUUGAGCCCAAGCACUUCUAUUCAGAUACAAACUCAUCAAUGUAUGCAACAUCCUUUGUAAUUGAAAAUAAAUUGUGAAGAGAAGUUCUGACAUUA